AAUUUUUUUUCACCGUGAACGCAAAAACCGACAUCUGUUUUCUGUUCUGUUCAGCAAACAUGUCGGGUUACCUGAAUCCCAAUUUACUGAGACACUCAAAACGAGUAUGCAGCCUCUACAAAAGGGCUGUACGAAAUUUGGAAGCCUAUAAUAUGGACAGGACGGUAUUUAGGUACCAAGCCGUAUUGAUGAGAGCCAAGUUCGAUGAAAACAAAGACAUCAAAGACCUUCGAAGGGCCAAGGAACUUUUGAUUGCUGGAGAGGAGGAGCUGCUGAGAAGCGAGCAUUAUCAACCUAUAAAAUUCCCACACUCACCCGGAGGCGUUGCUUAUGCUCGUGAGGUCACGGCCCCCGAUUGGGUCCUCGACUACUGGCACCCCUUGGAAAAAGCUCAAUACCCCGAGUACUUUGCUCGUCGUGAGCAGCGAAAGAAGGAAUAUCUGAAGUUCUUCGAGCAGCAAUAUGGCAAACCACCCCAAGACAGUCAUCACUGAGUGAUUCGCCAAACAAGUGUUGAUAAGUUUUAUUGUUAAUAUUUGAUUCAUUAAAAGCACCUGUAGUAUAUUUGUGAAUGAAAAUAAAAUGGUUAAGAUAAUUUAGCAA